AUGGCGAGUGCUGGUGGUGGGGGUAGGAGGUCUACGACAGCCACGGCGUCAUCACUGGCAAAGCGGCAUGCGUCAUCGUCGUCGGGAUCAGAGAAUUUUGGGAAGGGAGCUACGGCGGCUUCCGCUUUGCCGUCUCAGCAUGCGGCCAAGAAACGACCGGCGCUAGCGAACAUCACCAACCAGCGGCAUGGUUCUGGGCCUUCCAAUCCGGUUCGGAAAUCCAUAACCGAAUCAUCAAGAAUCGUGCCAUGCACUGCAAAAAUUGUAAGCAUCAAGAAUCGUUCUUCGACUUCGACAAAUGCAACCUUCCCAGUGCCUACUCUGCCUGGUUCUCUUCUGAAGCCGAGUGUGGUUGCUUCUAGUAAAAAUUCUGCUUUUCCAAAAAGUGAUGCAAUGCUCUCCAGAAUUGGCGUUGAGCCUGUACCGUGCAGUAUGGAUGUUUCUCCAGAUCAAUCAGACGGUCUUUCAAUUUCGAUGGAUGAAUCAAUGUCUACCUGUGAUUCCUUGAAUAGUCCAGAGGUUGAAUACAUAGAUAAUAAUGAAAUAGCAGCAGUUGAUUCCAUUGAGAGAAAUACAUCCCAUAAGCUCUGCAUUUCAGAACGCGUGGAAGUAGCAGGGAACAUAUGCAAGCGAGAAAUACUUGCAGCAAUGGACUCUGAUGAUAUGGUUGUUGAUGUUGAUGGCAAUCUAAAUGAUCCGCAGUUAUGUGCAUCCAUUGCUUGUGACAUUUACAAGCACCUGCAAGCAUCUGAGGCAAAGAAAAGGCCUGCUACUGACUUCAUGGAAAGGGUCCAAAGAGAUAUCAAUCCCAGCAUGAGAGCGAUUCUUAUCGAUUGGCUUGUUGAGGUUGCUGAGGAAUAUAGGCUUAUCCCGGACACGCUUUACCUGACUGUGAACUAUAUAGAUCGUUAUCUUUCAGGAAAUGUCAUGGAUAGGCAAAAGUUGCAAUUGCUGGGUGUGGCUUGCAUGAUGAUUGCAUCCAAGUAUGAAGAGAUUUGUGCGCCUCAGGUGGAAGAGUUUUGCUACAUUACCGAUAACACAUAUUUUAAAGACGAGGUUUUGCAAAUGGAAUCUGCUGUUCUGAAUUAUCUGAAGUUUGAAAUGACAGCCCCUACAACUAAAUGUUUCUUGAGGAGAUUUGUUCGUGCUGCACAAGGCAUUAACGAGGCUUCGUCCCUGCACUUAGAGUGCCUGGCCAACUACAUUGCAGAACUGUCUCUUCUAGACAAGUAUGAAGAGAUUUGUGCGCCUCAGGUGGAAGAGUUUUGCUACAUUACCGAUAACACAUAUUUUAAAGACGAGGUUUUGCAAAUGGAAUCUGCUGUUCUGAAUUAUCUGAAGUUUGAAAUGACAGCCCCUACAACUAAAUGUUUCUUGAGGAGAUUUGUUCGUGCUGCACAAGGCAUUAACGAGGCUUCGUCCCUGCACUUAGAGUGCCUGGCCAACUACAUUGCAGAACUGUCUCUUCUAGAGUACAAUAUGCUUUGUUUUUUCCCGUCCUUGGUAGCAGCUUCAUCAAUCUUCUUAGCCAAAUAUAUUAUUCUCCCUUCAAAGAUGCCCUGGAACACAACCCUGCUACAUUACACGCUUUAUCAGCCUUCUGAUUUACGCAACUGUGUUCUUUCAUUACAUGGCCUUUUCUGCAAUAGCCACAACUCUAGUCUACCCGCAGUCCGGGAGAAAUACAGUCAGCAUAAGUACAAGUUUGUUGCAAAGAAGUACUGCCCUCCAUCAAUACCCCAAGAAUUCUUCGAGAACUUUAGCAGUCUUGAGGUCAUGUAG